UAUCAGUAUGUAGUUUCACUUUGCGGAGAUACUGACCCGUCUUUGCCUUUCCGGCCGAAAUUUUAACGAAAACACAACUUAAAGAUUAACUUUAAAACUGCGUUUGAGGGAUUUUGAAGGGCGAAGAUAUUAUUUAGCCUGUUCAACCUUCUCACGUAAACACCAAACAAGAAAACGAAGCGUAAACAACACGUUUAGCUAACUCUGAAGCAACAAUGUUCUGACAUCUGAAGCUAAUUAUCAUCUGCCGACAGGUCCUUUUAGGCUACCUCUGUUGCCCAGCGGCUCCAGUAGACUUCACACUAUGGAGCGGACUGCACUCAGACAGAGCCAGCUCUGUGGCUCCUGGGAGAUGAAGGAGAGACUUGGGAUGGGAGGUUUUGGACACGUCUACCUGUACCAACACAUUGAGCUGGGAGACAAGAUCGCUGUGAAACUUUGUCGCCUGGAGCUGAACUCCAAGAACAAAGACCGCUGGAGCAGAGAGAUCCAGAUCAUGAAGAAGCUGAACCAUGUGAACGUUGUCCAGGCCAGAGAAGUACCGGAGGAGUUGAGCUCCAUUGCUAUAAAUGAUCUACCUCUAUUGGCCAUGGAGUACUGCUCAAGAGGAGACCUACGCAAGGUGCUGAAUAAACCAGAAAACUGUUGUGGGCUAAAGGAAAGUGAAGUCCUCUCGCUGCUCAGUGACAUUGGUUCUGGUAUCCAGUAUCUCCAUGAAAACAAGAUCAUUCACAGAGACCUUAAGCCAGAGAACAUAGUUCUGCAGGAGAUCGGUGAGAAGCUUGUCCAUAAAAUCAUAGAUCUGGGUUACGCCAAAGACCUAGAUCAGGGCAGUCUCUGCACAUCAUUUGUUGGAACUCUCCAGUAUCUGGCUCCAGAGCUGUUUGAGAGUAAACCCUACACUGUAACUGUGGACUACUGGAGUUUUGGGACAGUGAUCUUUGAAUGUACUUGUGGCUUUCGCCCCUUUUUACACCACAUGCAGCCUGUACAGUGGACAAGUAAAGUCAAGAACAAAGGCCCAAAGGACAUCAUGGCAGUAGAGGACAUGAAUGGAGAAGUCAGAUUCUCCACACAUCUGCCAUAUCCCAACAAUCUCAGCAGGCCACUGCUGGAGCCCGUUGAGACUCUACUACAGAUGUUGUUACUGUGGGACCCUGCAAUGCGUGGUGGAGGGCUGGAUCCUGAGAGAAACAAGCCGAACUGCUACACUACUCUUCAGAAUAUUCUCAACACGAAGGUGAUUCAUGUGUUGGACAUGACGUCAGCCCAGCUGCACUCCUUGGUUUUGGGAGCUGAGGAGAGCUUACACUCCCUGCAGCUUCGUCUGGAGACACACACACAGACACGCAUUUCCCCGCUGAGUCAAGAGCUGCUGCUGGACACGGGAAUCUCCCUCGACCCACGCAGACCACCCGCACACUGUCUGCCAGAUGGAUUGCAAGGCUGGGACAGCUCCAUAGUCUUCCUGUUUGAUAAGAGCCUGACCAAGUACUCUGGACCACUGACUGCCAGACCUCUGCCAGACAGUGUCAACUUUAUAGUCAGGGAGACCAAGACACAGCUCCCACUGUCUGCACUGAGAAAGGUGUGGGGGGAAGCAGUCAGCUACAUUUGCGGACUGAAAGAGGACUACAUUCGCCUGUACCAGGGACAGAAAUCUGCCAUGCUGAGUCUGCUGCGUUAUAACACCAACCUAACGCGGUACAAGAACCUGCUGUUCUCCCAGUCACAGCAGCUCCGAGCCAAACUGGCUUUCUUUAAGACCAGCAUCCAGCACGACCUUGAGCAGUACACCAAGCAGAGGCACACCGGCAUCUCUUCAGAAAAAAUGUUGAAGACAUGGCAGGAAAAUGAAGAAAAGGCUGAUGGGUUUACAAAGGUUGCAGAUGUGGGGUAUCUGGAUGAAGAGAUCGUGGCUCUACAUUCUGAGAUUGUGGAAUUGCAGAGGAGUCCAUUUGCGAGGAGACAAGGGGAUGUAAUGGAACAGCUUGAGGAAAAGGCUAUUGAACUCUACAAGCAACUAAAAGCUAAAUGCAAAAGUCCUGACCCUCCACAUGGCUACAGUGACAGCUCAGACAUGGUGAAGACCAUACUCCAAACGGUUCAGAACCAGGACAGAGUGCUGAAAGACUUGUACACUCACCUGAGUACAAUUCUGGUGUGUAAGCAGCGCAUCGUUGAUUUGUUCCCUAAGUUGGAGAGGGCUGUAGAGAACAUAAAAACUGCAGAAGCAGCAGUGAUGCAGAUGCAGAUGAAGCGACAGAAAGAGUUCUGGUAUCUCCUCAAGAUUGCCUGUGCCCAGAGCAAUUCUCCAUCGCAGCCACUUAUGCAACGACCCACUGACAGUGAAACUGUUCAUCAAUUACUGGAUGAGAAUCAGCGUUACCUGAAUCAGUUAACUUCUCUGCUGCAAGACGCCACCCAGGAGAUGGACUUCAGUGUUAUGGAUCAGGACUGGAGCUGGACUCAGUACAGAGCAGUGAAAGCUCAACCUCAGAAGCUGUAAAAACUGGCAAAAAUCUCAGUGUUAUGAGUCUAAAAAUAUAUACUGUAAACAAGUGCCUUAUCAGAGUGACACUAUCUGAAAGCUUUGUGAUUCCAUACUGUAUCAUUUAAAUACAUGUGAUGCUGUAAGACAGUAAUGUGUGAAGUACAUAUUGUGGUAAGCUAUUCAUGUUUUAACUUAAAUUUGUAUUAUUGAAUUUUAAAAACUAUAUUGAGCUAUCACCCACACUUAUUUAUUGUACUGGUAUUAUUGUUCAGAAUAAAUCACUGCUGCUAACAAACAAUG